AUGGAUCCUUUAACAAUCGACCUCGUGAAUCGACGCUCUUCGAAUUCCGGCAACGCCUCGCUGGAUCUCUUAACUAUAUUUCCCAAAUUUCCACCGGAGGGACUUGCUUUAACUUCACUGUCUUUCAACCAGCUAUCAAUGUGCUCGAAGAGAUCAAUGAUUUUCUUGAAUCAAACUUAUCUGAGAUUAUUACCAUCAUCCUCGAAGAUUAUGUCAAAAUCUCCAGGGGGAUUGACUAAGAGUCUACCAGAUUUUAUUUUUGUUCAUGUUUCCGGUUCGAGAAUGCCGAAAGACGCUACGGACUGGCCAACAGUGGAUGAUGACAUGGUGAAGCAAAACCAGAGGCUUAUGAAGCUUCUGAAGGUUUUGCUUACCAGUGGAAUUACAUGGUGGAGAAUCAAUACCAGCUUAACAAAGAUGAUGUGUUUGUGUUGUUAUGUGGUGGAUGGUAAUGAUGGAUUGAAGGAUGGAUCAUGCUCGAACCGUAAUGAAUCUUCUCCACUGGAUACCAAGUCUCGUUCUUUGGUUCUCCAAAACUACUUUGGAACAAAUCCGAAUUUAACGCAAGCUUGCGCUGAUAAUUCAUCUCCGUUGAUCGAAAUGGUUACAACUUGCGAUGAAGCAGCGGGUAAAAGGUGGCCUAACUUCAUCGCCGUUGAUUUUUACCAGGUGAUCUUGGAAAAGAGUGAUGGUGGAGGAGCUGCAGAAGCUGUAGAUGAAGUAAACGGUCGUGUCACGUGUGGUUGUGACAGUUUAGUCCUUUGCAAGUCAAACGUACCAUUUGGAACAUGCGAUGCUCCUGCUCCGAAGGCAGCUCCGACACCAGUCGCCGGAGGAGAGUCUUCACGAAAUCCUAGGAGGGAUCUUCCGGGAGGUGAUGCUGGUUCUACAGCAAUUGGCUUCUCAUCUCUCGUUAUCAUCUCUGCGGCGACUCUCUUGUUGUGGUGA